AUGGCUUCUAUUCGUACUGUAAGGGCCGAGAAAUUCCUGGUUGUCGCCGUCGCCCUCUUGGCCGUUGCCCACGCCGAUGUGUCCCACCUGUCGGGCUACAACUACGCUCCCGUGAGCAUCCCGCAGCCGGCUCCCCUGCCCGUGAUCGCUCCCGCUCCCAUCAAGGUGGCUCCCGCUCCCGUGAACACCUACAUUCCCCCUGCACCAGCACCAGCUCCCAUCCAGAUUGAGAUCCCCGCCCCAGCACCCGCUCCCGUGGCCAUUCCCGCCCCAGCUCCCGUGAAGUUCGCUCCCGCUCCCGCUCCAGUGAACACCUACAUUCCCCCCGCACCCGUGCAGGUCGAGAUCCCAGCUCCAGCUCCCGCUCCAGUUGUCAUCCCUGCUCCCGCUCCCGCUCCCAUCAAGGUUGCCCCCGCACCCGUCAACACCUACAUUCCCCCCGCACCCGUGAGCAUCCCAGCCCCCGCUCCCCUGCCCGUCAAGUUCGCUCCCGCUCCCGCCCCCGUUCCCGUCCUGGCCCCUCAGCCCGUUCUGGAGGAGAUCGAGCCCGUGUCCGCCGAUGGCUACCGUUACAAGACCGUCCGCCGUGUGGUCCGUCGCCGCUACUAG